AUGUCCUCAGAGCCCCAAAACAUCACCGUUUUCGGCGCAGGCGUAAUUGGCCUCUCAACAGCCCUGACACUCUCCUCCGCCUACCCUUCUGCUACCCUCACAGUCGUGGCCACCCACUUCCCCGGCGACCGCAGCAUCGACUACUGCUCGCCCUGGGCCGGCGCAAACUGGUCCUCCAUGGCCACUGACAACGGGCCCCUCGAGCACUACGACCGCGUAACCUUCAACCGGUUCAAUGCACUUAUGGAUGGGGACUCAGUGCACGGUUGCAAAGCGCAGAAGAGAGGUGAGGGGAAUGAGGCGGGAUUGGGGAGGAUGGGCAUGUGGGCCGUAUUUGAUACGGGCAAGAAGGAGGCCGGUGUAUUCAGUGUAGGGACGGGAAAGGUGUGGUAUGAGGAGUUGGUAGGGGGGAUUGGGGAGCUGGGAAAAGAUGUUUUGCCCGAGGACGCAGAGUUUGGGAUGGAUAUUAAGAGUACGUUUAGGAUUAAUACGCAGGUUUAUUUGCAGUGGUUACAGGCUCAAGCCCUAGCCCGAGGCGUGAAACUGAUCAGGAGGAAGUAUGCGUCCAUCACUUCUCUUCUCGGCGAUCUACCAGCAACUGAUCUCCUGGUGAAUUGCACGGGCAUUGGAUCCCUCCACCUUACCGACGUCCGCGACGCAAACCUCUACCCUACGCGGGGGCAGACGCUCCUCGUAGCUGAACCCAAAGUGCCAAUCAACAGAAUGUACGAAUAUGAAAGGAUGGGGUACUUGAGAAGUCAACAGCGCAUCUUCCCAACAACCACAUAUGUAUUUCCCCGCCCCCUCGGCGGCGGCGUCAUCUGCGGUGGGAGCCGUCAGGACAACGAUUGGAGUGCAGAGUGGGAUGAGCAGCUAGGCCAGGACAUUCUGAAGCGAUGUUGCGAACUGUGUCCUGAAUUGGGGAAACCACAGGAUCUGCAGGUUAUUGCUAGGAACAUUGGGUUGAGACCGUCCCGCAAAGGCGGACCGAGAAUCGAGGCCGAGACUGGUAGGUGGAAAGUACCGGUUGUGCAUUGCUAUGGGCAUUCUGGGACGGGGUAUCAGAGUUCGUGGGGUACGGCGGAACGCGUGUUGGAGCUGGUACAGAAGACGCUGUCACCGAGUGCUAAGCUAUGA